AAAGUUAUUGAGGUUACACAUUUGCCCAAGUGGAAUGGAAUGAAAACCAGAAGACUUGGCAAUUUGGUCUUCGACAGAAAUAUGGAUAUUUUGACAUUACAUUGUGAUUAAGUUUUAUCUUGCUUAACUUUGUAAUGCACAUUAUCUGCAGUAGUGGAUCUUGGUCCAGUAUUUUUGUUGCUGUUGUGUUGCACUUUCGAGCAUUCUUGAUUCUUCGCCUUGACGGUUUGAACGUUUUUUUCUAAAAACUGCACAUUGCAGUCAUCACAUAUUAUAUAUACCGAGUAGCGCUUUGCGACCUAGUUAGAAUGCAAUCGAUAAGAAACAGCUGUCUUGCUCUUGUAAAGCACCGGGAUCAGUUUCUUCAUCCUAUAGUUUGGAUAAAUCCAACGAGAAUAAUGGCAUCAACUUCAGCCAAAGGUCAGAGACUUGUCUCAAGCCCCCCAAAGUCUUUGAUGAAGCCUUUGGACGUUCCUAAUAAACUUUUGAUGGGUCCAGGUCCAUCAAAUUGUCCACCCCGCGUUCUGGCUGCGGGAGCGCUGCCUAUGUUGGGACAUCUCCAUCCAGAAUUUACUAAGGUAACCAAAAAUUUAUUUUGCCUUUUUAAAUAAAUUAUUUGACCAAAAUGUUUGGAUUUUUGUACGUUGCUCCAUAGUCCAUAGUUUUAACACGUUUAUAUUGAAAAAUGUGUCCCUAAUAAUAUGUUAGUCAAUAAAAAAAAUUGUGAAGAUUUAAAUCAUUUGCCAUUUGCCAAUGCCAAUAUAAUAUAUUUUCUUAUAUAUUGAAUUAGCAACCUCUGCUGGAGGCUGGCUUAAUUAUUUAACUUUACUAAUUAUAUUAUAGAGGUGAAAACUGAAGUAAAAAAACUAAUUAAGUUGGUAAUUACAGUAUUAUGAAUAAUCAAAAGUAUGAAUUAAUUUGUAAUUUAAGGUAUGAGUAUGAAUGAAUUACUCAUUUAAGGUAUGAAUGAAUUUGUCAUUUUAGUGGUGUUACCAGAUGUCCCUAUUUAUUACUGACACUUUGUAUUUUUUACCCCCUUGAUAGUCCGUACAUUCCACUUGUCAUCUGGCUUGUCCGUACUUUUGGCAGCGACAACUUACUUGCCUUACUUCCAUUUAAUUUGAUUUUGUGUCUUCUCAUUUCUCCGCAAAGGUCAGCCCAGUGAAUAGUUUCAACGCAAUCGUGCGUAACAUUUCUUGUUACCCUAAGCAUUACUGCUGCACCUGAAUAAAAAUGUGUGAGACUAUCUGUGCAUGUAAAUGAAAUCUUCCCAGGGAAAAUUUUGAUAGCAAUCUUUUUAAGUUAACUUAUGAUUAUGUGAAACAAUUUUUGUCACCCAUUAAGCUGGAAGGAUGGAACUCGCAAAACAUUUCUGUAGAUCAAAUAAAUGGGUGAAAAUAUUUCAACAUUUCAAAAAUGACAUACAUUUUGUAGAAUUGCAACAACUGCUUGAGUUUUCAUUCAACCUUCCUGGCACAACAAGCACCUGUGGAUUGAGCUUUCUCUCAGGUAAACAAGGCUUGAACGCCUGAGAAAUUUCAGCUGAAAGUAAUCACUCUGACUCUAAGAUAUAUUUUGAUUUUUCAGUGUAACAUUGAACUAAUGUGUCCUGAAUUUUAUGAUAAGCUUCUUGAGAAUGGAAAUUUGUUAAAAGCUAUUCAUGGGGCUACAAAAUAGUUUGUAACAAAAUGAUGUACUGAAGGAUAUUAAAAAUCAUUUACAACACCUUUUGUUGUUUUUAUCCCCACACCCCCCCCCCCCCCCCCCCCCGUUACACCUCCGGCUGCUGUGAGCCUUUGUGUCCGUACUUCGCAUCCAGAAAAUCUGGUUAGCUUACUUUAAGGUAUGAAUGAAUUUGUCAUUUAACGUAUGAAUGAAAUUGUCAUUUAAGGUUUAUGAAUGAAUUUGUCAUUUACAGUAUGAAUGAAUUUGUCGCAGGCGUAACCAAUUAAAUGUGGGAGAUUUCAGAUAUAGUUUAUGGGCAUAUGGCAAGGUUGAAUGGACUAGUCAGAGGAAGCCUUGGUAAAUAAUAGCAUGGUGAAGUUGGAAUUACUGGGUCAUCUUGACACAAAAAUCAGUAAGCUAAAUGCCUGUAAUCUACCAGAUACAUUACAGAUAAGCUGCCAGAAAAAGUCUGUAACAAGGAUAAAAGAAAAAACAAAGAAAAAUAAGGUCACUUUGUUAUUGUAAGUCCUAGCUUGGCCAUGAUUUAAGGGGGUUAAUUUUCAAGUUAUAAAAACAAGUUGCCUUAACAGAUGCAAGUUCAUGCACAGAUUUGUUUAAUAAAUUGAUAAAAUUCUUCAUGAUGAAAAAAUAUGUUAAAUAGCCAGCUCAUAGGACAGCUCAAUGAAAGGUGGUGCCAUUGAAAAGAACAAAAUGUCACUGUAUAAUGAUGAGGCGGCAUGAGAUGACUUGUGUACCCCAAAACCAAAACAUAAAACCCAGCUGUGGAAUUUGAUACAGGGGGCACUGUAUCUUGCUAACUGCUUGUCUCCCCCACCAGGCUUAGAAAGGAAAUUGCAAUUUGUGCUUUUUGUUUAUGUUCAAUAAUUUAUUUCUCGGAAACCCUAGUGAAAUGUGAUAUAAAUUAUAUCUUGCCCGAAAGGGUAUUUUAUUAUCUAUAUCUUAGUAAAGUUGGAAGUCUCCAUUUUUAUAGGAUAUUUUAAUAUUAAGCAAAUUAUGAGUGUUUUCAUAUUCAUUCAUGGGAGUCCCACCCCUUUUAUUCACUAUAUCUCUAAGACAAUUUACGUGAAUAAACACAUAUAAGACUUAGGUUUUUUGCCUGGGAUUUUGAUUUUCAUUCGGGUUGGAUUCUCUAAAGAUUGUAAAUUAUACCAAAACUAAAGUGCAUGCUUUGCUAUGUGCUCCCUUGAUAAGUUUGCGUAAAACUACUUAUCUUUAGCAUGCCAGCAUGUUUGGCAUUCAAAAUUUGAAUUGCUGCCCCAAGUGCGCCAUUCAAAACCUUUUAUUGUCCUUUUUCUUCAGACUUUUUCUUCAAACUUUUUCUUCUGCUAUUCUUUAUUUAAUUUUACAACACUCUAAGAAAAAAUAAAUGACUAUAGCUCUAUGGACCUGAAUUUCUUAAAUUUCUGAUUAAUAAUAAAAUUGUAUAAUAGAAUUACCAACCAAUCAUCAUCUCGGCUCAUGGCUACAUAUAUUAUUAUAUGUUUCCUUGUUUUUCUAUACUUCAAAUAGUUCUCCAAAACAAAUGGUAGUCCAUGACAAAAACAGAAUCUGCAUUACCCCCCAAACCUCUCAAAAGCCAAAUUCCAUCAUUUUACAUGAGUAGAACAUUUAGAAAAUGAUGUGGCGAAGAAAACAUAUUUUUGGAUUUCUAUUUUGUUGCUAUAUUUUUUGUUAAAAGGUAAUUUAAAUAUAAUUAUUAACAAUUAUUGUGUUUAUUUGUAUGUUUUUUCAGAUCAUGGAUGAGGUAAAAGAAGGUAUACAGUAUGCUUUCCAGACAAAAAAUGAAUGGACAUUUGCAAUUUCUGGAACAGGUAUGCAUUAUCCAGUAUGAAUUUACAUCAGUGAUUUAAGCCAGCUGGCCCCCUGAUUCAGAAUUGUGCAAAAAAUGUAAAGCCUAAAUUCUUGAAUUUUUAGUUCUUAAAAAUAUUACUGUUUCUCUAAAACUAAGCUUUUGUUUCAUAAAGCAUGGGAAGUUAUAAAAUGUUAUCUAAAGUUGCAAGUGCACUAUAAAUAAAAUUUUAUGUAUAUUCCUAAGAUUUCCAUUAAAUAUUCAUACAUUUUCUAAAAAUUGACAGGGGACAAUGAGGAAUUUAAAAAAUGUUUUUUUUUUAAGAGUAUAAAUUUAUUGAACAUGAUUAUAUUUAUCCAAGCAGUUUUUUCACUAGCAUCUUUUAGCAACUGAUAUUAUUAAUUUUGGCAAUGUUUAUUCGUCUUUCUACUGUAUUUUUGCAAGAUAUAUUAUUUAUAAGGGAUAUUGAAGCAUUUUUCUAUUAUUACAUUUAAUUUACAUGAGAAACAAAUUAAGGAGCAAAUUUUUUCCCUGCCCUUUCCACAUGCACUCACACAACCCCCCACUUCCACACAAAAUCUCUUCAGAGAAUGCAGCCACUCCACACCCCCUUUCCUACACCACUGAAUCUGUGACUGCAUUCACCAUUAUUAUUUUGCUUAAUUAAGGACUUAAAACUAAACAUCUGAAAUAUGAGCAGUAAGUCUCAUGUACCGUAGCCUGUGAUUAGCAAAAUAUGGUAGGGUAAUGACAUGGACAUGUUUGUGCUAAUAACCAUGUCCAGAUGUAUGACUAUACAUAAUUUGGGCCAAACAAAUUUCUUAUCACAUAUUGCAUAAAACUUAGCUUGGUGAAGUUAUCAGCUUAUCAUGCUGUUGAGAGGGAAAGAAGGAGUGUUAGUUAAUUCUAAGUUACAGUUCCUGAAUCUUUCAUUAUUUAAUUUUGAUGUUAUAAACAAACGAUUUUCCUGUACAUCAGAAAAAUGAUCAAUCUAAAUGAAAUAACGUUCAAUUCACUAGAACAGACAGGUGCAAAAUCCUAGCCUCAAAUCUGUACUUCAGCAUGUAUUUAUCUAACCAUCAUAUGAUACUCAUAGCUCACCCAUAUAUGUAUUAAAUCAAGACUUCACAAGAUUCUCUCUUUUGAAUUGUAGUUUUUCUCAUCAGUUUCAAUUAAAAAAUCUCUUUGAGACCAUCAUCUCACAUAAAAUCCCUCAUAAAGAAAUUCCUCCUUAGGAGCCCCAUUAAAAUGUAUCUCAUUGCAUUUUAAUAUGAUUUUUUUUUUUGCAGCUGAAAGAAUGUCUUAGCUCAAUCAGUUAAUUUUAUAUAUAAUCUAAGAAACUGACAAAAUCUGCUAAGAGUUAGUAUUAAUGUUAUUUACAGGUUGAAAGAGAAAUUUGAUAUAGUCUAUCCUUCAGCUAAAAAUUUAUUUAUGACAGUAGUAAGCUUUAAUUCUUUUUAUUUUGCUUAAAUAUUAAGAACAUUUUCUUGAAAAUGUUUUUUUAAAUAUCGGGUAUAUUUUUCCCACCUCUAAAAUUUAGUCAUGAUGCCAAAACUGUUUUAUUAGAAUCUUUUCAAGAAACCAAACCUGCAUUUUAAUUUAUUUUGAAAAUUAAAAUUGAACAAUCUUUGACUUUUUUUCCCAAUAAUGUUAAUGGCAUGCUUAAGUUUUAGUUGUUGGAUGCCCCACGCUACAUGAUAUUCCACUUUUCACCUACAACUUGUUCUACCUUUUCCAACUCUAUUCUUAAUUUUUCCUUUUGUUAUCUGUUACACUCACAGGUCUUCUACUUCAAUGCUUACCCACAUUCUCCAAUAUAAAUUCCUGUUGAGUUUUUUUAUCCACUCAUAACAACAAACAAAAGCAAUAAAAUGAUUUUUGAGGAUCAUUAUAUUAAAUGAUUUUUUUAAGUUUGUAGAAUGUUGUAACUUUGCUGUUAUAUGGCAUAAAAAACAUGGUCGAUUUACUCAAAUUAACUGAUAUCUUCUUUCAGGACAUGCCGCAAUGGAAGCUUCUGUUGCCAAUCUUCUCGAACCAGGGGAUGUUGCUUUGAUUUGCCAAAAUGGCAUUUGGGGUCAAAGGUUAGCAGACAUGGUAGAAAGGAAUGGUAAUUUUUUUUGUUUUCAUACAUAUAAAACAUAAUAUAUGUGGCAUUUUUUAUGGUCUGUCUAGUUUAUCUCUUCUCAUGACAUAUGAGACAUUUUCUGCCUUUUAUCAUUAACACACACAAAGGUGUGUGAUAUAUAUAUAUAUAUAUAUGCCUAUCAUCAGUCUGUAGUGUCCUUGAUGAGGCAAAGACAAGGAUCUCUCUCCAUUUUGAUCAGGCUGUGCCCACCCUAUCAAUAUCACUCUGUGCCAUUCCCAUCAACUCAGUCUCACUGCUUUAGGCUCUUCUCACGCCCUCUUGCCCAUUAUGGGUUCCACAUAAGCGACUUCCUGCAUGGUGAAGAUUUUUCUAUAAUUUCUUGUCUGUCAAGCUACAUAUAUUAAUUCUUGAAUAAAACUGGGCUCAGAACUUGAUUGCAUCAGACGCAUUUUCUAAAUAUAUUUGCACAUAAGAUGGUAUUGAAUAAACAUCAAUAAUAUAAGAGAUAUUUAACUCAGAAUUUCUUCUCCCUAAACUCUGUUGUAGGCUCUGUAGCUCAGAAAAUAAUCUGUGCAUAUGGAGAAGUUUUUACGCUUGACACCAUUGAAAAGGUAAGUCUAAACCACCUGACCAGCUUCAUGAAGUAACUAGAAUUAUAAAUAUUAUCUUGCUAGAGUGCUAACCGCACCUCUUUCCCCACAUUUCCUAAUGCUGUCAACUUCUAAAUUUGAUUAUUUUUCUUUCAAAUGAAUGCAGCAAUAAACAGUAUAAAAGUUUUUAAAAAUCUCAGUUGUAAAAUAAUAUACAUUUUCCUAUAUAUAUUUUAUAUUAACUUGAGUGUUGAAAUGUGUCCUUUACUAACAGCUGAUUGGUAAAGAAUAUAAUCCUAUUUACCUCUGUCAAGUGACAUCACACUGGUUAUUAGUGUGUAUAUAAAUAGAUAAACACAUAAUUCACAGAUUUCUAAUUAUUCCAGAACUUUUAUAAGUUUAAAAUAAACCUAAGAUAGAUUUUUCACCAUUUAGUUUAACACCAUUUUUCACAAUUCAAUAAUAUUUUAAUUUAAAAAAAUUAAAAAUCUGUUUGUUUUGGGGAGGUUGGUGGGGGUGGGGGUCAACAUAAUCUACAAAUAAGCUUGUUUUAAUAACAAAAUGGAUUGAACGUUUCUGACUCCAAACUGAAACCAUUUAUCUGCUCAUGGGCCUCUUUUAUUUUGUUAAAUAGUAUUUUUGUGGGGUUUUGCUUUUUUUUACUUCUUACAUUUAAAAAAAAAAAAAUUACAGGUAGCAAUGUGAUUUGACAUUUGAGAACAUUUUUUCCUAGGGUCUCAAGGAACACAAACCCAGUUUGGUAUUUGUGACAUUUGGAGAAUCUUCUGCUGGAACAGCUCAGCCACUAGAGGGGCUCGGUGACCUUUGUCAUAAGUAAGUGUCUUGACAUUUUACACCAUGUUACAGCUGGGUGGCUCAGUCAGCAAGACAUGUAACAAGUUGGCUUUUUUUUCCUGUGGCUUUAAAUAUCAGCAUCAUUAAACUGUCAACACCAGUGCUCCCUGCAAAUGUUGGGUAAGCAGGCUCACUAAGGAAGCUGACAAGAGCAUCAGUAGUUACAAGAACUUAGCUAUCUUUGCGAAUGUUACCAUAUAAAAUUGUAAAGAAAAUUUUCAGAUAAAAGCAAAAUCCAGAAGAAAAAAAAGAGAAUAACAGGUUCUAAACUUCAUUAUGGUAAUUGACUCAUUGACUAUAACUUGCUAAACCUUUUUAUCAGGAUUAUGUUUCUCCUAUCCCAGAAUCUCCCAUGGGAUAACCUUUGCAAUGCUUAAAAUGAAAAAUGAGAAUUGCAUUUAACUUUGUAUCAAACAUCAACGAACCAGUAAUUUGAAAUGUGACCAGCCAUUUCUUAUAUGUAUUUAUUUUCAUGGAUUGAUAAUGUAUUUGGAUUUAAUUUUCUCAGAUACAAUGCCCUUCUCUUGGUAGACUCUGUGGCCAUACUGGGUGGUCGGCCCCUGUUUAUGGAUGCUUGGAGUGAGUUGAGUUAUUUCAUCAUUUGGAGUUUUUCAGCCUUUUUUUUACUUACAUCUGCUUCUAAUUUCAGUUCACAUUUGGUUAUAUCAGGAUUAUUGGCCUUGGUUCAUUGAAAUCGCCUACAUAGGGUCUUCCUUUUCAUACUGUUUCAGUAUGGACCAGAUGCACCUGCAUCUGACCAGAUGCACCUGCAUCUUUCAUUGAGCUGUCUCUUUUUUUAACCACAAGACAGAUUACGCCAUUCUACAAAUAAACAUUUAAUAGUUGGUGUAACAGUUUUUAAAAAAAAUCCCUAUCUUGAACUUAGAGAUAAGAAAUAAUCACUGUAACAUUAAAAAUAACUUAAGUUACUUAAUGAAAUAGCAAAACGAGGUAUGUGGAAGCUUGAAUUGGAGAAAGGACAAAAAGAUUAGGACGUUUCAGCAUAGAGCCUUCUUCAACUCACAGGACUAAGGAAAAUAUCACAAAGAAAAGAGCUCAGUAAACAAGUAAAGAAAUAUCCAUUGUUGACGCCGGAAGUGGGAACACAGGAAGCGAGAGAAUAUAAAUAUUGACACUUUGAAAAAUGAGGUCCACAAUUAUAAUGGACCAGAAUAUCCAGGGGAAGGUUUACAUUGUUCAAUAUCCCGGAGAUGUUCAGUAAACCUAUCAGCCAAUCUUCUCCCAGUUUCACCUAUGUAACUAGAUUGGCAUCUACGGCACACAAUCGUAUAUAUUAUAUUACGGCUGACGCAGGUGAAAUCCUCUUUAAUGGUCCUACAGCGGCUUCUUAAGCAUGGUUUAGUACCAAAGUAAGACUGUUCAGAUCAAAGGCUACUAUGAACCAGAAGGUCACCUAGAUUUCUGUCCCAUCUAAAGACAAUCAGUAGAGGGGAUGAGAAAACGCAGUUAGUAUCAGGGUCAGCAAGAAGUAUGCUACAAUUUUUUAGGAAUAUUUUUUUGGCAGUUAAAUUGUGAGGGUGGUAGUUAGUAUAAGUUUGGUACGAUCUUCAUUGUUGUUUUGACGAGUUUUGAAAGCCUCAUUUCGUGUGAUCGUGCUGAUGCGAUCUAGUGCUAAGACAAGAGUAGUUUCAGGAUAGGAUCUGGAGUGGAAGAAAUCCAUCAUUUCAUCAGCUCUGUCCAGAAAUUCCUCAUCAAUUUGGCAGAGACGCCGUAGUCUACAAAGCUGUGAGAAUGGUAUAGAGUCUUUGCAUGAUUUGGGGUAGGAGGAUGAGUACAAUAUUUAACUAUGGCUGCCUUUGUGAUAUUUUCAUUUUUUCUGUGAGCUGAAGAAGGCUCUAUGCCGAAACAUCCUAAUCUUUUUGUCCCGUUCUCUAAUUCAAGCUUCCACAUACCUCGUUUUGCUAUUUAAUUUACUAGACUUGAAUGCAGUCCUUUAAUUAUUAUAAUAAAGUUACUUACCUUAUUUUAAUGAGGGGGUGAUUAAAAGGGUCAGUAUUCAAUGAUGCUAUUUCCUUGUGUUUUAACAUAAAAAAUUAUGAUUUUCACAAAGCUGUAAUUACAUUAAAAUAAUAAUCUUAGGCUCUUACAUCAACAAGGUAACAGGGUUGUAAAAAAAAGUUUGACUCCAGUAGUUCUACAGAUAUGAUUUACGUAACCUCAAUUUCUGAGUUGUUUUUUUUUAAUUUGAAAACAUAAUCGUCUGGGGAUAUAGAGCUAACUUAUCUGCUUGCCAUGUUCCCUUGAUUAUUCAUUUCUCUGUUUGUCCGCUCACAGAUAUUGAUGUUCUGUACUCUGGGUCACAGAAGGUACUUGGUGCUCCACCAGCCACCAGCCCGAUAUCUUUUUCCCAGAGAGCAAGGUCUGCAGAAUUUUUGGGCAACUUUUAAAUUUUGUACUAACAAAGUUAUUGUAACAGACUCUUAUUUGUUUAUUAUAAUUUUAAAGAACAAAAAUAUUUUUAACAUAUGUCAAUCACUAAUGAAGCAAUUACAAGUUAGUCAAUGGCUAGUUGGGGCAAAUAGAAAAACUAUGACAUUACUUCAGUGGUUCAUUGUAGAGUGGGUAAAUGUUAAUGCUACAUCACUUCAGUGGUGCAUUGUAGAGCGGGUGAAUGUUAAUACUGAUUUUCUGAUGUUGUUCUUCUGUCAACUUAUACAACAGAAGCAAUCUGUUAUUCAGUUAAUGAUACUUGAGUUGGUCUCUUAUUUCCACUGCCGGCCCGCUAAGCCUUCUUAUAUUAAGAAGAAAUAUAAUCUUACGCCCAAAAUGCCUAGUCACUUUGCCAGCAUGUUCCUUCUUUCUCUGUUCAUAUUCCUCUAGCCAUAGUCUUUUUGCCAGACUUUUCCAUGUUUCUUUCUCUGCUUUGUUCCUCUGGCCAUACUUUAAUUUUAGUUAUGCUCAGUUUUAAUCUUUUUAUUACAUCCCUCUUAUCUUCUGUUAGCACUACUUAGGGCAAUAGUAGUCAAGACUUUCACCAGUUUCAGAUGAUCAUUGGACAACAUACAUUUCUUUGUCCUGCAAAAACUUUAUGGCCAGCAUGUUGCAUUCUAGGAAUAAGGACUGACAGAAUAUUUUUUAGAGGCUCUAAAACAUUAUUAUUAAAAUGCUCUUUACUAUUAAUUUGUGUACUCUAUUUUAUGUUAGAGAUAAGAUAGCAUCCAGAAAGACAAAGAUCAGAUCCUACUACUUUGAUGCCAAUGAACUUGCCAACUACUGGGGUUGUGACAAAGGACCAAGGCGGUGAGUUUAAGCUUUACCUUUAACUUAAACUUUAAGCUUAUUGAAUCAAUAGGAUGCUCCUCUCACACUCAUGUUGAGAUACUUAAUCCUUGGUACAUUAUAAGCUGAUAAAUUAGUUUCCAACUGUACGUUGUGGAUACACUGAAGGAAAAAUUUGUCUGCCAAUAUGGUUUAUUUAAGGCCAGGAAUUUAUUUUAAAUUUUCUUAUCGCAUCAUGUCUAUAUUAUAUCCUGACUUCAAACAAUUGCAGAUACCAUCACACUGGCAUGGUAACAAGUGUCUAUGCCUUGCGAGAGGGGCUAGCAAGACUGGCAGAGGAAGUAAGUAAUGAAACACUCAUGUUUUGUAAUGGCAAAAUUAACCCUUUACAGUCCUGAAAUGCGCCGAUUUUUUCCUUAAGCCUACAGUCUGUUGCAGCCAAACCAGCCCGUUUUCGAGGUUGUUUACUUUUGCUCUUAGCACGGCGGAAAUCCAUUGCGCAUUACUAUUUAUAGUUCUACCGGAAGAAAGCCUCGUUGUCUGCAUUUAUUGUGAUACUAGUUUGACGCGGUGUGCUUAGGGGCUCAUUUUUACGAUUUUUUUAAAAGUUACGAUUUUUUCGCUGUAAAAAAAUGGCUUUCCAAGCCUUGGAUACAAUUUUGAAAGAACUUUUUGAAAGAACUUUGGCCUAAUGAAGCUUCACUAUUUCAUGAGUUUAGCAGGGAUAGUGAAGAAUCUGAUAGAGGCAUUAAUUUAAAUGAUGCUACUUGUAAUAGUGAUUCAAAUGAAGAAGAUAAUAGUAUUAGUAGAGACAUCGAUGACAACGGACCUAUCAAUCCCAGUCCAACUGAUCAGCAAGAUCAUGAGGGGUCUGGCAAUGUGUCACAAAUCAAAGUGGGAGGGUCCCUGAAACUUUUUAUAGGUUUAACUUUUGCUUAAAUCAUUUAUUUGUAUUUAGGUAUAUUUUAUUGUAUUUUCUUGCUUUUAGUUUAUUUUCUUUAAAUUAAUUAGAUAAAGAACCUCCAUUUAAAAUGGAGUUAUGUCCCUUUGCGUGGGGCGCUUGGCGUAGACAAGGCUGAAUAGGCUUGGACUGUAAAGGGUUAAAAUAUUAUAUUAUGACUCCAAUGCCAAGAAUACAAUAUUAUUAUUAUAUAUCUAGAAACGAGAUUUUGCUAAAAAUUUGUUAAUGUAUAAGUAGGCAAGUUUCAUUUGUUUUGCUUAUUUAUUUUUUUUUAUUUUGUUGUUGGGGAGGGCGGUUAUGUUGGAGAGUAUAGCAAGGAAGAUUCUACAUUGAUAUUAAAAAUACAUUUUUUUAAUGUGUAAAUAUUGACAAUACAAUUUAGUACAUGCAUAAGUAAAGUGGAGGUCUUUGGACCAAAUGUGAAUUUUGAAGAUUGUAAGAAUCUAAAUGAAGACAGCUUAUUAAAUUAUGUCACUAAAUAGUCUAGGGCAAUGUUUACUGAAAAAAUAUGUUGUCUGUUCCUGUGACUGCUAGCCAAAAGAAAAUCUCAGAUAAACUGGGCAUUGUUUAUUUGAAUUCUGAUAAAUGUAUCUCUGAAAUGUUGCAGUAAUACAAACCUAUGGAGCGAUUUAAAAAAAUGUUUGUAUUAUUGUAAUCAUUAUGGCCAAGAGAAAAGUUUGCAUUGAAAAAAAACAACUCAUCUAAAUCUCAAAUAUCUUUCAGACUACCUAGUUUUUAUUCAUUAAUUUUAAGCUUGGAUUUUUGCUAAUAUCAUAUAGUCUUCUUAUUUCUACUCAUCAGGGUUUGGAGAAAUCUUGGGCGGAUCACAAAGCUUGUUCUGAGCUGUUGUACACAGGUUUAGAAAAGUUGGGCUUGGAGCUGCUUGUUAAGGAGCCGGUACGAAAUCUUGCAUAAAUAUUUUAAAAUCCUCAUAUUUAUUAAAAAAUCAACUUUUAUUUAUUGUUUUUUUUGUGUAUGUCUUGUGUUGACUUUUUCAUACCCUUUCCUGUAUCCCAAGAAUUUUUUUAUCAUGUUUAUGGGAAAAGGCAGGGUGGGGAAGGGGGUUGUCUACAAGGAAAAGUUAUAAGAAUGACUUUAAGAAUGUUUAUUCCAAUAAAUUUUAGGAGCUAAGAAAUCCCUGUGUCACAACAAUUAAAGUCCCUGAGGGUGUCAAUUGGAAAGAUGUCACAGAUUAUGCAAUGAAGAAGUAAGUUGUCCAGAAAUCAACACUCACUUAUUAAAAACUGCUCUUAGUCUUAUCAUGUCGGUUAUCUUUGACUCUGCUGCGUCACAUUUGCUUCAACAUUUGACCAGUGGAGUCAGACAGCUUCUGGUCACUGUCCAAUAAAAUAUAAAUUGAUCAUGUUGCAUAUUUAAAUGAUUUGAGAAAAACCCUCCCAGACUCCAGCCAAAACUGGUUGUUCUUCAAAAAUUAAAAAUCAGCCCUGUGAUUUUUUAAUUCCGCAAAUCAAACAUUUCAGCUGUGUAAUUCUUAAGCUUUAAUUCUAAGUCUUCAGAUCUGUAAUUGUUAUGUAACUUACAAGCCUGCAACAGAGAAGUGUUACUACUUGGUGUUUAAAAAAUUGGCUGCGUAUAGUUAAUAUUAUGACCCAAGGUUUCAAUUAAAUUUCUCAUAGUUGGACAAAAAUAAGUUGGAGUUUCUUAAUUAAAACUUUCUUUCAAAAAAUUUUCAGUUAUCGUGUAGAGAUUGCCGGUGGUCUGGGAGAUCUUGCAGGAAAAGUCUGGCGCAUCGGCAUCAUGGGUUAUAACUGCCGACCUGAAAAUGUUAACUUGGUGCUCAAAGUUUUGGGUGAAGCGUUAGAAAGCUUACGGAAGUAAGAGUGUAGGCUGUGUAAAAUUAUUGUCUACAAUGUCUGUUAGGAUGUCGAUUGUAUUGAUUUAGAAUUGAUUUUCAGCAUUUUAAAUAAAGAUCCCUUACAAAAAUACCAGAAAUAUCAGGGUUCUAAGAAAUUAAUUUUUAAAAACAUGUACUAUGCAAGUCAUAAUGGAAAUGUGCAGUGCCAUUAUUCAUUUGUUGCAUUUUUGUGCAAAAGACAACAAAGAUUUUUAAGAGUCACAUAGUUAAUUAUUAUUCCAGCCUAUUACAUUAGGAAGAGUUUUUUUUAUUUUUGAUGAUUUUCAGAUGAUAUAAUGUUGAUAUGAAAUCUCCAAUUCCACUUUACCCGGUAAAUAAAUUUCAAAACUUAUUUUCUGUAUAUACAAUUUACUGACAUGAGCUUUGACUUAUAUUUUUCAAUAAAAUUCUUUAUUUUUUAAAUGCUUGUGGGCUUAAAGAACUAUUUGCAUUUGAAAAAAAAUGAUACUAAUUUUUAAUCUUCAAAAUGGUCAUAUUUUCAUCCUCAUUUAUUUCAUAGCUGUUUUCCUAUGUCAAAUGAGGACCAGGGUAAAACAGUAGGGUUCAUGUAAUUUUAUUUAUUGUGAGCAGUUUGUUAUGCAGUUUUGGGUGCCAAUGAUGUUAUGAGGAAUGUGAUACCAGUGAUAAAAAAAUGUUUCCUGUUAACUAUUGCGUAAUUGUAUUAGCACCUAUGGCCAAUGGCCAAAAACCGCUGCCCUGCACAAAACUGGUGUGGGUAAACACUUUAAACGGGUUCCUGAAUGAGUCCAGCAUUGACAAGGUCUGGUCUCGAAUCUUAGGAUUAUUUUUGUAAUAUUUCAAGAGAUCCAGGACCCAGUUCAGUUGCAUGAUGUUAAAUAUAAAGCGAACAAUUUUAUACACUGCUGUAUUGCCGAUUCUUAAUUGAUAAUUGCAAUGAUUAAAUGGAAAUAUGCUUUCCUCUUCAAAAUUUCAUUGAUGUAAUUCUGUGAUAUCGGGAUAAAUUACAUGUUUGUUACAGGUACUGGCUGUUUAAAAAGUGUACCAAUAAAGUUCCUAUAAUCAGAUA